AUGAUACCAGUUAUGUUAGGAAAGCUUUCAUUUAUAGAAAAUAUGACCAAUGCUUAUAAUUACAACAAGGAUGCAAAAUACGUUGGUUUCUAUGAUUUCAGUGGUCCAGUCACGAUUAUACGUGACUUAGAUUUGAUUAAAAGCAUAACAACUAAACACUUUGACCACUUUGUUGAUCACCAGAGUUUCAUCGCCAAUCCAGAGCUAGAGCCUUUGUUUGGAAACAACCUUUUUGUUCUGCGUGGUGAUCGAUGGCGUGAAAUUCGAGCCUUGAUAACUGGAGCUUUUACGUCGAGCAAAAUGAAAGCUAUGUUCAAAUUGAUGUCUGAUUGCGGAAGUACUUUUGCUGAGUAUCUGGUUGAUCAAUCGAGAGAGGGCAUGAACGAAAUAAAUUCAAAAGAUAGUUUCACACGUUACGCAAAUGAUACGAUAGCCACGUGUGCUUUUGGUAUAUCUGUAGAUUCUAUGGCUAAUCCAACUAAUGACUUUUAUACUCUUGGACGGGAAGCGACCAACUUUGAAGGUCUAAAGUCUUUGAGGUUUUUAAUGGUACAAAAUUUUCCAAUGAUAUCUAAACUAUUUGGCAUCAAGCUCAUUGAUGCUAAUAUAGAGAAGUUUUUCUGCAAUUUGGUAAGAAAUACCAUGGCUGUGCGAGAUAAAGAAGGCAUCUAUAGACCAGACAUGAUUCAAUUGAUGAUGGAAACGAGAAAUAGAGAACCGGGAUCUAAAAAGCCUGAACUAACCAUUGAAAGCAUGACAUCCCAACUAUUCAUUUUUUUCCUAGGUGGCUUUGAGACAACAUCAACGCUCAUGUGUUUUGCCGCCCAUGAAAUAGCGUCCCAUCCAGAAAUUCAAAAAAAGCUACAGGAAGAAAUAGAUCGCGUCCUAGAAGAGUGUGAAGGCGAACCCACUUAUGAAGCAGUCAACAGUAUGCAGUAUCUUGAUGCAAUUGUCAAUGAAUCCUUACGAUUGUACCCAGUUCCCGGUUUCAUGGAUAGAGUUUGCACCAAGAACUUCGAAUUGCCUCCCAGUCUACCUGGAUUGAAACCGCUGCUCAUCAAAUCCGGUGAUCGUUUUUGGAUACCAGUUUGGGGAAUUCAACGUGACCCUCAAUACUUUCCAGACCCUGAUCAAUUCAUUCCUGAACGAUUUAUCGAAGAUAAAAACGCUAUAAAUACUUCAGCCUAUCUUCCUUUUGGAGUCGGACCUAGAAUGUGCAUUGGAAAUCGGUUUGCACUUUUAGAAACCAAAGUACUAUUGUUCCAUCUUUUAGCCAAAUGUAAUAUAAAACCUGCUGAAAAAAUGAUCCUGCCAAUGAGAUUGAGUAAAAAGGAUUUCGCUAUGAUGGCUGAAGGUGGCUUCUGGUUAGAAAUCCAUCCACGAAAGUGA